AUGGCGACCUGGCUGCUCGAGCCCGAGUUCGAGCGCUACGAGGAGACGAAGGAGCGGAAACUCGUCUUCGCGGCGCACGACCCCUCGGCGCGGAACCACGUGCUCGCGCUCUGCGACGCCUGCGACGGCUUGGGCCCCUGCAGCUACGUGGACCUGAGUUUUUGCGACUUCCAGGACCCGGACUGGCACUCGCGCCUCCUCGACGGCUUCGGGCCCUUCGACGGCUUGGUCGUGGGCUGCUCGAGCAACGGCAGGGAGUUCGAGCUCAUCGCGACGGCGAAGCUCGAGCAUCGGAACGCGAAAACGGUCAUGCUCGCGGAGCUGGGCCUCGGCCGGCCGGGCGUGCCGCGCCUCGCGGGGCUCGCCGAAGCGUCGGCGCCGGAUUUAAUCCUCGUGACCAACGAGCGCGCCGAGGCGAGCGUCGCGGCGCGGCUCGACGCGGUCGGGGCGAAGAAAACACGGGUCGUCCUCGGCGGCUCGGGCCACCUGGAAAAGCUCCGAAGCUCGAGGACGGGGGAGCUCGACCGCGACGCCGUGCGCGCGGCGUACAACUGCGCGCGCGACGCGGCGCUCGUCGCCUACUUUGCGUGCUGCGACGACGCCGCGUUCGAAGUCACCGCGGACGACGUCGCGGCGAUGGUCGACAAGGCGCUCGACGUCGUCGCCGGCGCGGAGAAGGUCCUCCUCGUGGUGCGCCCCCACCCGCGGGCCUCGGCGGCGGCGCACGGCGCGUGCCGACGGUUGUUGAGUGGCUUCGAGCACGUCAACUACGACGAGCACUCGGCCGUCGAUUUGGACAGCCUCCUGCGCGCCGCGGACGCGGCGCUGUCCUACGGCUCGACGACGGGCCUCGAGGCCGCGGCGCUGGGCGUGCCGACGGCGUUCGUGGUCGGGGGCUGGGCGGGCCAGCGCGCGUACCUCGACGACCAGUACGCGCACUGCGACGGCGCGUACCCGCGUCUGUCGACGGCCGCGGACGGCGCGGCCUUCCUCGCGCAGGCGCGCCGGGCCGGCGGCCGCCGGGCGCCGGCGGCCGACGCGGACCACACGACGGGGGCCCUGGAGCGGUGCCGGGCGGCGCUGGCGACGGUGCUGGCGGCGAAGCCGGGGCCCUACGACGGGCUGAACUUUAAGGUGGUGGUGUAA